AUGGAUCGCUCCAAGGUACGUGGCAAUUGAGACAGUCUGAACGUCCAUUUCCGCUGAUUGGCUUCUUUGCAUAUCACAGAUCGACGAACUGGAGGAGAUCGACGAAAUGGAGGAGAUUGACGAAAUGGAGGAGAUGGACCUGGAUGCUGAGGCCAGCAUGGAUUGCUCCAAGGUACGUGGCAAUGGAGACGGUCUGAAUGUCUAUUUCCGCUGA